AUGGGAAAUGGUGUAAACACGAAGGUCAAGGAUGGUGCAGAGGAUAAACCAAAUGGAGGUGGUCAUGCAUUUUCAUCAGCUUCUUUGGAUUUUGAAAUCAAUAAGAGGAGGAGACAAAUUGUCUAUAGGGAAAUUUUCCAAAACAAUCAGGACUUGCAGAUUCGAAGCAAAAGUUUGGAGGAGGCCAAGAAAAAGAUAUUGAGCUACACCCCUGGUGCUUGGAUUGAGAGUGUUGGUGCCAUGAAGUUGAUGGACUAUGAUGUGCCAAAGACGACUUGUCUUCUAUUGGUUGGUCCAACAGGAUCUGGAAAGAGUAGCCUUGUUAAUAAGAUAUCAAAAGUGUUUGACAGGUUUGCAUCUCAAAGAGCCCAAGUGUCAUAUAAUUCAUCUGUCAGCAAUGGAACUCUUUUCCUCCAGGAGUAUAUGAUACCAAGAGGUUCAACUUCCUUUUGCCUCUAUGAUACCCGUAGUUUGUCUGAUGAUCCACCUGAAAACAUCAGAACACUGGAGGAUUGGAUGAGACGGGGUGUUUGUCAUGGGAAGCUUGUUUACAGGUCUGGAUUUUUAAACAGCCUGCAGACCAUAAAGAAGUUCAGAGCCCUUGAGUAUGGUCAUGUGUCCAGUGAGAUCAGGAAGGUUAAUUUUGUCAUAUUUGUUGUUGAUGCUGUUUCAGUUCUGAAAUCGAUUGAAAGCAAUGAAGAUGCAGUGACACGAUAUAGCAAAAUGAUUGCGACAGCUUUCAACUCCCAACACCUGGCUUUUAAAGAUGAUAAACCGCUUGUUGUUGUCACACAAGGUGAUCUACUUUCACAAGUUCAGCGUUCUCGUGUUCGUGUCCAUUUGGGAGAACUACUGGGAAUUCCACCUGUAACACAAAUUUUUGAUAUCCCAGAAAGCAAUGAUCCAGUUACUGAUCUGACAAUAGUUGACAUGUUAUGCUAUGCUCUUGAACACGCUGACAAAAAUUUUCCCCAUAAAAGAAAGGUCCAAGCUGCGUCUGUAUUACUAUGUAUGCUCCUGUCGGUGGCAGUCCUCGGAUUGCUAAUCCAGGAUGGCCGAUGA